AUGCUUUCCUCAAUUUGCCCGUUUCUCUUUCUUUCUUUCUUUCUUUCUUUUGUUUUGACACAUUACUAUUUUCAUUUGCCCGUUUCUCUUUCUUUCUUUCUUUCUUUCUUUUGUUUCAAUAGAUACAUUACUAUUUCAUGCUUUCCUCAAUUUGCCCGUUUUCUCUUUCUCUUUCUUUCUUUCUUUCUUUCUUUCUUUUUUUCUUUUGUUUCAAUAGACACAUUACUCUUUCAUGCUUUCCUCAAUUUGCCCCUUUCUCUCUCUUUCUUUCUUUCUUUCUUUUUUUCUUUUGUUUCAAUAGAUACAUUACUAUUUCAUUCUUUCCUCAAUUUGUCCGUUUCUUUCUUUCUUUUUCUUUUCUUUCUUUUUCUUUCUAUUUUCUUUUUCUUUCUUUCUUUCUUUCUUUCUUUCUUUCUUUCUUCUGAUUUGCUUCACUAUCAAUCUCUUACCGUAUCACUUAAUUUUUCAUUUACUUUUUUUCUUCUUUUCUACUUGUCACCAAUGUUUUUUUUCUUUCUGUUAUUUCGUUUAAUUUUCUUCAUUUCUUUUUCUUCUAUUUUUAAUUUCUUUUUUCUUCUUGGUGUUUUCUCGGCGUUAAUCUUUCUUUCUCCCUCUUUCUUUUCUCAACUUCUUUCAUUUACACUCUUUAUUUCCCAUUCUAUAUUUCUAACACGCUACACGUUUUCUUCAUUUUCAAUACAUUUCCUUCUCUUCGCCCUCAUUCCCUUCAUCCCUCCCACCUUACCCACCUCCUUCCCUCCCUCCAUCCUAUCAUCCUACUCUUCUCCCUUCUUUCUCUUUGAAUCCCCAUUCUCUUUUUUUAUUUCUUAUAGAGAAAAUAAAAUGGAGAAUAUUUUUUUAAAAUGUAGACACAUUUUAAAAAAAUAUUCUCCAUUUUAUUUUACUCCUCUUGUUUUUUCGUUGUCCUUUUCUUUUUAUCUUCGUUCUCUUCUUUUCUUAUUUUUCCUAUUCAUUCGUUUCUCCUCUUUUUUGUUUCGUUUUUCUUCUGUUCUUCUUCGUCAUAUUUUUUCUUUUAUGUCCUCUUCUUUUUUCUUUGUAAACUUCUUUUUCGCUCUCUUCUUUUCUUCUUCAUAUAUUUUCGUUCUUUUUCGUUUUUUUUUUGGUGUCUUCUUUUCUUUCUUUGACGUGCUCUUUCUUUCUUUCUUUCUUUCUUAUUAA